GAUAUCUAUUCAAGAAACCUGAUUUCUGCCUCCAAUCCGACCGCAGAGAAAAUAAUUCAGCUCCUCCGUACCAAAACCAAGAGCCACAAAUUAGAUCGAAGAUCAAGAAACAAGAAUCAAGAUCAAGGAAUGGAUAUGAUUCCCCAAUCGAUGGACAUCUCUUCCUACGCAUCGGCCACAAACCUCAACAUCAUCUCAGCCUCCUCCUCCUUCUCCUCCGCCUCCGCCUCGGCCUCCGGCGCCGCAGCACCGCAACCGGUCUCAUCCUCAGCUGCGGUGACGAACUCGAGCCGGUACGAGAACCAGAAGAGGAGGGACUGGAACACGUUCGGACAGUACUUGAGGAACCACCGACCGCCGCUGUCUCUGUCCCGAUGCAGCGGAGCUCACGUGCUCGAGUUCCUGCGCUACUUGGACCAAUUCGGAAAGACCAAAGUCCACACCCCGAUGUGCCACUUCUACGGUCACCCUAACCCGCCGGGGCCGUGCCCUUGCCCUCUCCGGCAAGCGUGGGGAAGCCUCGACGCCCUCAUCGGUCGCCUUCGAGCCGCCUUUGAGGAGCACGGGGGCAAGCCUGAGGCCAACCCCUUCGGAGCUCGAGCCGUGAGGCUCUAUCUCCGUGAGGUGAGAGAUAUGCAGAGCAAAGCGAGAGGUGUGAGCUACGAGAAGAAGAAGCGGAAGCGCCCUCCUCAUCCUCCCCCGCCGUCUUCCUCCGCCGCCGGAGAUGGAGGAGUUGGCGAUAUGCAGUUUCAGUUUCAGCAGCCGCCUCCGGGUACUACUAGCUAAGUUCUAGUACUGCUGGUUAAAAAUUUGGAGUUUGAUGACGAAUUUGCUGAGAACCCAGAUGAGGAAAACGAAUCAUUUCAUGUAUGCGAUGUAUGAAUUCGACGAAUGUUUCUUGAUUUGUGUGGUAUUGCUAGAUUUUUCUUAGGGUCAUGUUUAGGGUUUUUAGUGCAGCAGACAGCAAACUCGUUGAACUCGUUCUAGUUUUCCUGCUUAGAGUUGCGCCCUUCCUUUGUAGCGAGGUAGGUCUUUUUAUUCGUUUUAUCAAAUAAAAAACUUGUCGCCAUA